AUGGCUCAACUCCAGCAAGAAACUAGUGCCUUAACCAUGAGCACCACUCAGUUCCAGCAGGACACAAAAGCAGGCAUGAAAGAUAUGGAGGCUCGAAUAAGCCAAAUGGCAACUGCUAUCAAUUGCCUGGAGUCCCACGCUUAUGGAAAGUUACCCUCACAACCCGAAAUAAAUUCCAGGAAUGUAAGUGUCGUGACACUGAGGAGUGGCAAGACACUGGAAGGGCCUAAAGCGGGAAAUUCAAAAAGCAAAAGUGAGGAGGAGAUAGAAAAGGAAAUUGAGGAGGAAGGAUGUGUUCGUGAGGAUCCUAAAGUUGGAAAAGACAAAGAAGGUAGAGAAGGAAAAAUAGCUCUUGGAUGUGUUUCGAAAAGUGGAGAAUUCCCCUGUUGGAUGCAAUCAAACAGAUACCGAAACCGUACCAAUGCUUAUCCAGAGGGGUUAGUUGAAGAUGUUUUGGUACAGGUCAAUGAGUUAGUUUUUCCUGCAUAUUUCUGUGUCAUAGAUAUGGGAGAUGAAAAAGCAUUAAAUCCGUCACUUAUUUUGUUAGGUAGACCAUUUUUAAGCACGGCUAGGACAAAAAUAGAUGUGAAUGAGGGUAUUUUAUCGAUGGAGUUUGAUGGUGAAAUUGUAAAUUUCAAUAUCUUUGAUGCGAUGAAAUACUCGGAUGAGGCUAACUCUGUUUUUGCUUUGAGCAUUAUUGAACCUCUUGUACAUGACACAUUUGAAUUGAAUAGGGGCGAUGCACUGAAAGUGGCAUUGGCCAAACAUCUUGAGUUGGGAGCAACUCCUGAUGUGGAAUUAAGUGAUGUUUUAUAUUGUGCAGUUGGAGCACUGCAUUCGCUCCCACAAAUUCCCUCAAGGCACCUGAGUUGGAACUCAAGCCUCUCCCAAAGCAUUUUGAAGUAUGCUUUUCUCGGGGACAAAGAGACACUGGCAGUCAUUAUAUCUGCACACCUGUCACCAAGGCAAGAAGACAACCUGAUUCGUCUUCUUCGAGAUCAUAAGGAGGCGAUUGGGUGGAACAUAGCAGACAUUAAGAGAAUUAGCCCUUCUUUAUGCAUGCAUCGGAUCCGGCUUGAGGAGAAUGCAAAACCAGUAAGGCAGGCACAACGGAGAUUGAACCCACUAAUAAUGGAAGUGGUAAAGAAGGAAAUACUUAAACUCUUGGAAGUGGGGAUCAUUUUCGUCAUCUCAAACAGUCCAUGGGUGAAUCUAGUGCAAGUAGUCUCGAAAAAGGCUGGCGUGACAGUAGAAGAGAACCAAGAGGGCGAGAUAGUCCCGGUGAGGAAACCCACAGGAUGGCGUCAGUGCAUUGAUUACCGGCGUCAAAAUGCUGUGACAAAGAAGGACCACUUUUCCCUCUCGUUUAUCGAUCAGAUGCUAGAAAGGUUAUCUGGUCGUGUUUAUUACUGCUUUCUUGAUGAUUUCUCGGUUAUUUCUAGAUCGCGAUAG